UCCAUUUACUUAAUAAUGGCGUCCGAAUAGAAAACACAUAACUGAAACUCUGAAUAUUACUCAGUAUCAUUUGAGCAUAAAUAGAAAAUAACUAUUGUUAAAGAUGGACUUGGAAUUAUUGAAAAGUAAAUUUCGCGGUACAAUACUAGGCGUUUUGGUUGGAGAUAUUCUUGGAAAACCAUUCGGGUUCAGAGAAGUGACAGGUCGCAAGAAAAUCUACCUACAACAGAAACUCGAUAUAUUAGAGGAAUCAAAAUUGAAAAAGUUCGUCAUGAAGUUUUCAUGUGAUUCGGCAAUGACUCGUUCCGUAGCUGAAUCCUUAAUUGAGAAACGAGAUCUGGAUAUUAUUGACGUAGCAAAACGAUUUGUAGAAAGUUAUUUUCAAGAUCCUAAACGUGAUUAUGGAAUUGCCUGUAUGAACGUACUUUUCAAAUUAAAAAAUAAAAAAAUUGGGCCAGGAACAGAUGUGAAAGGUCCAGCAAAGGAUUUGUUUGAUGGUCAAGGUUCUUAUGGUAAUGGUGGUGCAAUGAAAAUCGCACCUGUAUCGUUGUAUUGCUACAACAAUUAUGAUAAUCUUUUACAUUAUGUGAAAGAAGUGACACAAAUUACACAUGCGCAUGAAUUGGGAAUAAAUGGUGCUAUAUUACAAGCUAUAGCAAUUCAACAAAGUCUAUGUUUACAUCCCAGUGAAGAAUUAAACAUUUCUAAUUUCAUUGAUGAUCUUAUAAACAAAAUGGAUAAAAUCGAGGUUAAUGAAAGCCAACCAUAUAAAGAACGGUUAAAAAUAGUAAAAAAUCUACUUUCUGAAACUGGAGGUGAACUUAAUGAACAAAGGAUAAUUGAAGAACUAGGUAAUAAGCUCACAGCUUUAGAAUCAGUCCCUACUGCAAUUUUUUGUUUUCUAAAUGCAGAAAAACGUAUAAAGGGAAUACGAACUGAUAAUCCUGUCAGAAGAGCAAUUCAAUAUGCUAUUACUAUAGGAGGCGAUACAAAUACAAUUGCUAGUAUGACCGGCGCGAUAGCAGGUGCAUUUUAUGGCCACGAAAAAUUUAAUCGAUUGCUUUUAUCACAUUGUGAACAAGCAGAUCGAUUUGAAGAACUGGCUGAUGCAUUGUUAGAUGUAGCAACAACCAAAACAUAAAUAAGUAAAUAUGAUACAUAAGAAGAUAAUAUGAGAAUUUAUGAGUAAAUGCUAUAUCGAGAGAAUACGCAAUGUCUCUUAUAUAAAAC